UAGAGUCUAAUUAUAGAGUCUAGUGGAAGUAGGUCGAUUAGUCUUAGAAUCUGUUGUUGUUGUAUUAAAAUUUUAUUUACUUAAAGUCUACUAAAGCUCUAACCAUGGGUAAAGGAUUCAACAAUUACAUGACCAAGAAGUUUUUCCAUCCAGCCAGCAAAGAUAAUAUAAAAAGGAAAUGGAUGGCAGAACAGAAAACAGCUUUUGAAAAAAAACAGCAAGAAGAGCUAUUAGCCCAGUACCAAAAAGAGCAGGAGGUCCUUAGUAACAGAGCACUGCUAGGUGAUGAAAAGGCUAAACUAGGAUUGAGUUUCCUGUAUGAUGCUCCACCAGGGCUUAAGAAGAAAGAGGAAUCUGAAGGAACACAAGAAAUCAAGUUUGAAUGGCAAAGAAAAUAUAAUGCUCCCAGAGAAGCUUAUGCUAAAGAUGAUGACACCAUUCGAGAUCAGCCUUUUGGAAUUGAAGUUAGAAAUGUUCGUUGUAUUAAGUGUCGCCAGUGGGGUCAUGUAAACACUGAUAAAAUUUGUCCUCUUUAUGGACAAAAUCUAACUGCUGAGCCUGAACUACCUAAGUCUAACAGUCUCAGUUUAUUAGAUGGGCUUAGGGAAGAUGGAUUUACUUUAAAGAACAGCGUGCUGAACAGAAUGAUGGAAUCAGAAUCAAGUGAUCAGCACAAAAUACUUUCACAAGAAGAUGAAGAUGAUCCAGAAGUCAAAUUCUUGAAAACUCUUACUCCAAAACAAAAAAAGAAAUUGCUUAAGAAACUGACAAAAUUACAAGCCAAGUCUGGAGGAGAAAGCAGUAAAAAAAGAAACAAGAAAAGUAAAAAACAUCAAAGACAAGAGAGUGAAAGUGAUUCAUCAGAAGCUGAAGUAAAAAGAGAGAUGAAAUCAAUGAAACAUUUAAAAUCUAGCAUUGCUUCUCAUUCUGAAACAGAUUCCAAGGGAAUUUAUGAUUUCAAAAGGCAAAGAAGAUCAAGCUCAUUGGAUGAUGAGAGAGCAACCUCUGGAAGGGGGAAUAACAAAGGCAGACACUAUAUGGGGCAGGACAGACAAACAAACAGUAAAAAACAAGAGCUGAAGGUUGAGGAAGAUGAAAGGAAACAUAACUCUGGUGUCAGAGAUCGAAGCAGGAGAGAGAGGUCCUCCAGUACAGAGAAAUCACACAACAGGGCUAAUAAUUUAUGGGAGGGAAAAAAGAAGCAUAUUGAAGCCAGAAAGAGAGACUUUGAUCAAAAGGAUACAAAAUCACCUGGCGAUGAGGCUUUCAGAGGAAAGGGUUGCUAUGCAAGGAAGAAAGACAGAUCAAGUAGCAUAGAAGACAAUCACAGAAUCAGAUCCCCUAGUAGAGAAGAGCGACAAAGAAACAGAGCCCCUAGCAUAGAAGUCAGACAUAGAAACAGAGCCCCUAGCAAUGAAAGAACAUUCAAAUCACAUAACAGUGUAGAUAUAUUUAAAAACAGAUCCUCUGACUCUCAAAUCAGACGUAGAGAUAGAUCUAGUAGCACUGAAGUCAGACAAAGAAACAGAUCUCCUAGCAUUGAAGACCGAUUAAGAAACAGAUCACGUAGCACUGAAGAUAGGCGAAGAAAGAGAUCACCUAGCAUUGAAGACAGACGAAGAAGUAGAUCUCGUAGCAUUGAAGACAGGCAAAGAAACAGAUCUCGCAGCACAGAAAAAUAUAAAUCAAAGAAAAGUAAACGAUGAAGCUCAAUGUAUUGAAUAACAAAAUGUACAGAUAGAAACACCUAAAUGAAAGUCUUAAGAGUUAUUGAAAGAUUCAAAUCUGAAAUAAUUUCUUUUUUACUGAUAAAUGUAUUGAAUGAAAUAAAUUUUAAAUACUGUU